AUGAACGAAAAGAAAUAUUUCAAAAAAUGGGUACUGAUAUUGAUUUUUAUUGUAACAGGAAAUACAAUUGGUUUGAACAACAAUGACAAAAAUCACAAGCAAUUUAUCGACCACUUAUUUCAAAACUAUUCCUCUUUCAUUAAACCAAGGAAGAAUCUUUCGGAGCCUGUCGAUGUCAAUAUCACGUUAAGUUUCAACUCCCUGAGAGAAAUUGAUGAACGGCUACAGACAAUGACUUUCAUUGCUUGGAUGGAACUGACAUGGAUCGACGAGUUUCUGAUAUUAGGGGACGGGGUAAAAAGUAUACAGAUUCCUAAGAGUGAUGUAUGGUACCCGGAUGUAGCUCUGUUUAAUUCCAUUGAUGAUCCUCUUCAUAUCAGUGAUGGUCAGUACAUUGUACUUCUAGAAGAUGGACGCGUCAUCUGGUAUCCAUCUCGACAGUACAGUGUCAGGUGCCCAAUUGAUAUCAGACGUUUUCCUUUUGAUGUCCAGAAAUGUCAGAUUCGGAUAGGUGCUUGGCAGUCCCCUGUUUGGACACAGUCAAUCAUAGACACUGGAAAGAGUCUAAAUGAAGAUGACUUUGAGGAAAAUGGCGAGUGGGAGAUUAUACAAAGGACCACGCAGCCGAAGAUUAAUCCCAAUUAUAGCAUUUCUUUCGUUGUGUACGAAAUUCAUUUUCGUCGUCGUCCUUUGUAUCCUGUUGUGAAUACAUUAUUUCCGGUUGUCUUGCUCUCUUUCCUCAACCCUCUAGUGUUCAUGCUUCCAGUCGACUCCGGUGAGAAGAUGACGUUAUGUAUAUCCGUGCUGUUAUCUUUCACAGUGUUUCUGACAGUGUUUAACGAUAUGAUGCCAAAAAUGUCAACAAACAUUUCAUACCUGUCAAUUUACCUGUGUAUACAACUCGGUAUGAGUGGAAUAGCUAUUGUGGAGUCAGUGUAUAUUUGGCGCAUCAGUAAAUUGGAAAAUGGAAUACCAAGAGAUGAAACCACCAACGGGACAUUUCCCUCUUGUCCUCGUGCCUCCGUCGAAAAUGUUCAAUCUUUACCAGCACAUGAAGGAAUGAUGAAAAGUGAACAAGGAAUAAUAACACGCGAAGAGACCUUCGGAGGACUUCCAAAUCAUCCCAUCGCUGUUAAUUGUAUAGACACUACCAUCACAGACAGUGAAGCCUCUUCAGUUAAAUACAAACCGUUCGGAAUAUCUUUCAGAAAGGCAAAUCAUUUUAACACUAAAGAUAGCAACGUACAUGCUCUCCUUUAA